AGUGGAGCUUCGGUGCUUCGGUGGUGUCUUUGCUUUUUUUGGGGAGCUUUGGUGCGCUUGCAGAUAUUGGAUUGGAUUGGAUUGGAUUAGAUUGGAACUCCAGUCGCCCUUUGGUAUUUUCUGUGGUCUAGGAAGUGGCAGUGCAAUGAACUGACAUGAUUACGGGACCGGAGGCCAGGCAAACGCACAGGUUGUUGGACUUGAAGAAGCAGCAAUGGGCCAAGGAGAGAGAGGAAAUCGCUCGCAUGGAUGAGAUGUAUCAUCACCAGCACACCUCGCACCACAAGAUCGAGCGCACCUCCAUUCGCACCUACUAUUCGAACCUGGAUCUCAGCCAGAGUUCCACCUCGAACCAGACCUCCAGUCACUCGCGCCGAGCCCCGCAGCAGGAUGUGCAAUUGAUUAUCCGGCCGCAGGACUAUAGGCAGGGCAACCAGGCCUAUAUGAAUCAGUUGGAGCGGUACAUAGAGGAUCUAGACGUAGACGCCGAUGCGGAUUUCGAGGACGAGGACGAGUCCAUGUAUCGACGAACCAGAAGGGGCAGCUAUGCCCCCGGCAUGACCUCCCGCCAGAUGCAGAACCCGGCACGCUACAUGGAUCUGGUUCCCACAUCCCUGCAAACGGCCAAGGGCAGGAUGCAGCAUUCGCGACAGGGUCAGCAGCAGCAGCAGCAAUUGCAUCAGCAACUUUUAAUGCAGCAGCAACAUCAGCAGCAACAUAUGCAACAACAGCAGCAGCAGCAGCAGCGCUUGCGAAGCCCCAGUUUGCCAGCAAUUCGUCAAAGGGGGAGGCAUCAGGAGAAGCCAGGAGCAGCAGGAGCACCAGGAGCACCAGGAGCAGGAGCAGCAGCAGCAGCAGGGAAGCCAACUGACAUUGAUCCCGGCAACGGGGGGCCUCAUCGAUUAAACAACAACAAUCCCCCGGCGGCUGGCGGUUGCCAGGAGGAGGACACUUCCGGCUAUCUGAGCGAUACACCCAAGAAUCCCCACACCCCGGACAUUUGGUUCAACGACGGUGCCAGCCAAAUCGAGAGCAUUAGUGGAGUGGGCAGUGCCAGUGUCCUGGAUGGAGUCGGAGGCGCAGUCCUGGGCGCUGUGGGUGGAGGUGCGGCUGGUUGCCGACGCCUCCGCCGAUCGAUACAGGUUGGCACUGCAGCUGCACCGAUUCCGGGACCGAUUCCCAACCCACUUCCACAUCCCCUGCCACCCCCGGGAAAUCCGCUGAGCAAGGCGUACACCAUCAAGGGACGACGUGUGCCAGGGCAGGGAUAUGAGCCGCUGGCUGCCGAUGGAUACAUGGCCGAUGGAUACUGCUACAUGCCCGCUCCGCCCAGCUCCUCGAACCUGAGCCUCAGCCGCGACGUGUCCACCUCGAACACCUACCAGGUGCACAUUGGGAAUCCGGAGCAUGGAGACUUCUAUGUCCAUGAGCAACACGAACGGGAACGUGCUCGAUGGGCCAACUUCAACGGCGGUCAUGCCGGCUCGCAGCAAGGACCAAGUUGGCUCAAUCGUGGAAUGCACGAUCUUAAGGACAGCGAGGACGAUGUCCAAUCCAUGCAAUCCUCCUCCACAUAUCUGCGAGGUCAGAAUGCUCCACUGGAUGCCCAUACCCUGGCCGAGAGGAUGGACAAGCGACGCAAGGCUGCCGAGUAUCACAAUGCCAUCAAGAAGCAACUUCAUGAGCGAGAGUUGAUACGAAAAUGGGAGCUGGAAAGGCAUCGGCAGGAGGAGGCCAUCGAGGAGGAACGAUUGCGCAGACAGAACCACAUGGAGCAAGAGCGAUUGGAUUUUGAGCGAAGGACUCUCCUCGAACGUGAGGAAGCCCAGCAAAAGAAGCAGCAGGUUAUCCUAGAUGCCAUCCAAAAGGCCGAAGUGGCUGCUAGGAUGGAGAAGCAGAAAAAACGAUUGGAUCGGCAGACAACCAAGAUAUCCCAGGACACUGAGGGUGAUGAAUCCGAGCUACUACGCGUUCAGUCCGUCGAGGAGGAGGAAGAGGAUGAGCCAGUGGCAACGGGGAAACAAGAAUCUUGCCCCGUAGAGGAACCUUCGAAUACCCCCCGAGGUCCGCCGCCUGUAGUCACUGAGGAGAAGGUCCUGAUCGGCACACCCAUCAAUCUUCGACGCACCGUCACCAAGCCCAUCAAGCAACCCACGGAUUCCAAAAAGGAGGAGCCCAAAGGACCCAGGCAGACCUCUUUCCUGGGAGAGGACAAGGAGAAUAUGGCCCUGUUAAUGCAACCAGCUACCCUAAUCCCAUUGCCUGUGACUAGCGAUAUUUUUGGACUGCAAAACGCCAUUGGUAACCUCCAGAUAGCCACUUAUUUUGUGCAGCAACCGAUGCAGAAGCCUCCACAAACCGCUUGCUCCUAUUCAAAGGCCACGAUGACCCAUCGCACAGAUACUUCGAUAUACACCGAGGAUGGCUAUCAGGCGGAGAAGGAGGAUGAGGAACCCAUGGAGACGGCGAGAUCUGGCAGAACCGACUUAGUAACUGCCAGUGGUUGCUUCUCUCCAGACUCCCUGGAGGUCGAUGUAGCCCCUGUUUCGAUCCCGGAACAGGAUAAGCUGGCCCUGAUUCCUCUAAAGACUCCGCUUCAUUUGAGCAACCCAAAUAACACGGCUGAGGGAGAUGAGCUUCAUCAGGAGCUGGGCCAACAGGCCGAUGUGGAAACCCAGACAGAGCUGCCCCUAAACUGCGACCUCUGCCUGUUCCACGAUAAUUUCUACAAGGUUCUGCUUAAGCGAGAGGUGUCCACCACGACCACCACACAGACCUCCAAGAGUCAGACCCAACCCGCUAAGGAAUCCACUGCUGAAAAGGAUCACGAGACCACAACAACGACCACCACAACCACGACGACCACAUUCAAGGCCAAGAGCAAGGACAAGGACAAGGACAAGAGCCUGAAGAAGAGUCUGGGCAAGGAAAAGGAUGCCAACAAGAUGGACGAUCGUCCCAAGUGGGGAGUCAAUCGUCCCGUGGUGCAGUACGUCAAGGCCAGCGAUCGGGAUCCCUUCUGCCUGCGCAAAAAGAAGAACCAUCCCAGCACGGCCAAGCCACCACGAUCCCAGUCCAUGGACUCCCGCCUGGACAGUGUGGCGGGAAUGCCAGAGGAGCAGUUGAUGAACCUCGCCGGCGGACCCCCAUCGGCAGCCGGGGAACAGGAGGAGGAGGGAUUCCUGCUCAAGGCCCGAAAUGUAUGCACUGAAAUCCUACCUAUUAAGACCGACGAGAAGGGACGCAUUUUCCUCAAUUUCCGCGAGGCCAGCGCUAUAAUGAACGAGGAUGAGAUCAAGGAUAAGCUGCGCCAAAAGUAUUUCAAUUUCGGAAGGAUCCUGCCACGCCGCAGCUGGGCCUCGGCCACCCAGCAUGCAUUGCCCUUCAGUGCAGUGACCACUGCUCCACCUCUGCAGACCACGGUGGGUGACCUGGCAGAUGAUUGAGUCCUGAAUCGGAUAGGAUCUUGGGUAAAUCAUUGAUUGACCAAACUUUUACUAUGCCUUAACCCCCGACAAAUGGAACGACUGUAAACCAUAUU